AUGAACGGAGUGCUCCGUAAUAAUAUAUGUAUGUAUGGGAUAAAAAUCUUCGCGAUGCAAUCCUUCCAAGCGCGCGGCGAAGCUGAUAAGGUUUCCUCGCUUUUAGGGCUGGCGCCGAGGCGGUGUGAUUGGCCGGAUUGUGGGCUUGUGCCGGGCGAGGUGGCUUGUGAGUCGCCAGCGAGGAGAAGAACGCCGCUCCAGGUAAUAUCGCGAUGGAGUCACGGUGGGGACGGCGAGGAAGAGCAGCGCUGCUGGUGGUGCCGGGCGGUCGCUGGCUGGCUGCUCGUGAGUCCAUCAAAUCACUCGAUCGAUCGAUCAAAGUGUCAAAUGGCCUUUGAGCGUCGUGUCUUGGAUUGGGAUGGAGCCGUGGUAAUAAUAGGUAACAGGUGGAUGUGUGUAGUUAGUUACAAGCUGUACGGAGUAUGGAGGCUAGCAGAUCGUUUGCGCACUGCCAAACAGGCCAUUAUUAAUCGCAAGCAGCACAAAGCUCCGCCGGGCGAAACGAAGCCGGUCGCCGUCGAGCUGGGCUGGAAAACAACCCCCCCCCCUCCCCGGGAGUGGCUUCACAUGAAGUCUGGUUGCUGGUUGCUGGUUGGGAGUGCCGGGAGCAAAAAAGCAGCAGCGGCAUCCACACCCCAAGCCGCCCACGGCAAAACAGCGCCAAGCCGCCAGGUCAUUGACCAGCAAGCAGAUCCGCUUUAA